GAAAGCUUGUGUGCACAUCCUGUCAGAAGAAGAAGAGAGGACUACACGUGUUUACCUUCCCAGAGAUACAGAUAUUUUUAAUAAUUGUCUCAAAUUCGGGGUUUCUGGGUCUUGAAGUGAAAUAAAAGAAGAUAAAAAUGCCGAAGGUGAAAGCGGAGAAGAAGAGCAGGCAGCACCAGGAGGUCAAAAACCAAGGGAUCAUGUUCAACACGGGCAUCGGUCAGCACAUCCUGAAGAAUCCACUGGUCGUCAAUGGGAUUAUUGAGAAGGCUGCAUUGAGGCCGACAGAUGUGGUUCUGGAGGUGGGACCCGGUACUGGUAACAUGACAGUGAAACUGCUGGAAAAAGCAAAGAAGGUGGUGGCUUGUGAGCUGGACUGCAGACUAGUGGCUGAACUUCAGAAGAGAGUACAGUGCACACCCAUGCAGACCAAACUCCAGAUAUUAGUUGGAGAUGUACUGAAAACAGAUCUGCCCUUCUUUGACGUCUGUGUGGCCAAUUUACCCUACCAGAUUUCAUCACCGUUUGUCUUCAAGCUGCUGUUGCAUCGACCUUUCUUCAGGUGUGCCGUGUUGAUGUUCCAGAGAGAGUUUGCCAUGCGACUCGUCGCCCCACCUGGAGACAAGCUGUACUGCAGACUGUCCAUCAACACACAACUACUGGCUCGUGUAGACCAUCUCAUGAAGGUCGGGAAAAAUAAUUUCCGCCCUCCUCCGAAAGUGGAGUCAAGUGUCGUCAGGAUAGAGCCGAAAAAUCCUCCCCCUCCGGUGAACUUCCAGGAGUGGGACGGCCUGGUCAGAAUAGCCUUUGUAAGAAAAAAUAAAACACUCAGUGCUGCAUUCAAGUCCACUGCGGUUGAACAGCUGCUGGAAAAGAACUACAGAAUCCACUGCUCUCUACACAACGUGGAAAUCCCAGCGGACUUCAGCAUCAGUAAGAAGAUUGAGAGCGUUUUGCAGGAGGCUGAUUUCUGUGAGAAGAGAGCCAGGUCCAUGGACAUUGAUGACUUCAUGGUGCUGCUUCAUGCAUUCAACUCUGCAGGGAUCCACUUUUCAUAACAGGCAGAGGAAACUGAAGACAAUAGUCCCGUGACUCUGGAUGUUCUGGCUUUAUUAUGAAAGGCGAGAAGUUAGUGGUCAGAUGAGUGGAAAGAAAUCGGCCGACUGACUCAAUGACCUUUCCUCCGCACAGACUUUGUUUUGAGGAAUUGAAUUUCAGAGGUUGAAAUACUUGGAUGAAAUGCACAAAGAGCUCAUAUUGAGUUUUCUGUUUUACCCUUACGAGUGCAGAUUAAGCAUUCUGGGCAUGCAUGGAAAGACCUCUUGGUUGUUUGGGACUGUCACUGUUUGUGUGAGAGUUUGUCCUUCAUUGAAAAUAAUAAUUGAGUGAUUUAAUGGAUGAAUAUUCUCAUAAAAACAAUACACAGUUUAUCUAAACUACAAAAUGACCUCCUUGUGGAAAAGGUAAAUAUUAACAAGUAUAUAUGAGUGAGUGUUUGCAAAUUAAAUUGAGAUUGUCCAAAAGUUUUUUUUCUCGCACUUUUCUUCCUGUGUGCUAACACCAUCUUUAAUCCAUAAUUUUUUAAAACAAAAAGCUGAUUCAAAACUCAAAGAUUCAUGUCUAAUGAUAGGUCUUGCAGCAAUAUGUUACUCGUUAUUUGAAAAGUUGUUCCUGUGUCUAGAGCGCAAGUACAUGUCUGACUAGUUUAAAAGUUUGUACGGGAAAAGGUAGUGUUAGACUCUACUCUUUGUACCGUUAAAGGUUGUCACUGCCUGUGUACAUAAGUUGCAAUUAAACCUCUUGAGUUUUAUUUU